AUGUCGUCUCUUCAAUGUCUUAAUCCACGUGCUGAAAUGGCACGUCAAGCUGCAGCACUGGAAUUAAAUAUGUCUGGUGCAAAAGGAUUACAAAAGGUAAUGCAAAGUAAUUUAGGACCAUCAGGAACACUCAAAAUGCUUGUUUCUGGAGCUGGGGAUGUUAAAUUAACUAAGGAUGGAAAUACACUUCUUCAUGAAAUGCAAAUAACUCAUCCUACAGCAUCUCUUAUUGCAAAGACAUGUACUGCUCAACAUGAUGUUGCCGGUGAUGGUAUUACAUCAACUGUUCUUCUUAUUGGUGAACUUUUAAAACAGGCUGAAAGAUAUGUUUCUGAUGGUGUUCAUCCUAGGUUAAUUUCUGAAGGUUUUGAAAAAGCUAAAGUUAUGGCACUUCAAUUUUUAGAAACAUUUAAAAAGUCACCAGAGAUAAAUAGAGAUUUGUUGAUUGAGGUUGCCCGUGGUGCUUUGAGAACAAAAUUAAGAAAAAACAUUGCUGAUCAUUUAUCUGAGUGUAUUGUAGAUGCUUUCAAUGCCAUCAAAGAUACUGAAAAUUUGGAAGAGCCAGAUUUACAUAUGAUUGAAAUUAUGGAAAUGCUUCAUGAAAAUGAAACUGAUUCAAGAUUUAUUAGCGGUCUUGUUUUGGAUCAUGGUGGUAGACAUCCAGAUAUGCCAAAACAUGUUAAGAAUGCUUUUAUUUUAACUUGCAAUGUUUCAUUAGAAUUUGAAAAAACUGAAGUUAAUUCAUCACUUUUUUACAAAACUGCAGAGGAAAGAGAAAAACUUUUACAAUGUGAACGUGAUUAUAUUACACAACGUUGUCAAAAAAUUGUUGAUUUAAAAAAUGAAGUAUGCAAAAACGGUGAAGGAUUUGUUAUUAUUAAUCAAAAAGGAAUUGAUCCACCAUGUUUAGAUUUACUUGCUAAAAAUGGUAUUCUUGCUCUUCGUAGAGCUAAAAGAAGAAACAUGGAAAGAUUACAAUUGGCUUGUGGUGGAGAAGCAAUAAAUGCUAUUGAAAAUUUAGAUGCUAGUGUUCUUGGAUUUGCUGGAACAGUCUAUGAACAUAUUCUUGGAGAAGAUAAAUUUACUUUUAUUGAAGAUUGUAAAUCUCCAAAAUCUGUUACACUUCUCUUAAAAGGACCUAAUAGACAUUCAAUUAUUCAACAAAAGGAUGCUAUUAAGAAUGGACUUCGUGCUAUAAGAAAUGUUUACAAUGAUAAAUGUGUUGUUCCAGGUGCAGGAUCUUUCGAAGUUAGUUGUCAUGUACAUUUAAUGGAUGAAGCAAGUAAAAUUGAAGGAAGAGAAAGACUUGGAGUUCAAGCUUUUGCUGAGGCUCUUCUUGUUAUUCCAAAAGUUCUUGCUAUUAAUGCUGGACAUGACGGUGUUAGGUCAAUUAUUUCAUUAAUUGAAGCUAGAAAAAAACGCAAUGUUAUUGUUGGAAUUGAUUUGGAAAAUGGCAAACCAAUUGAACCAUCAGGAAUUUGGGAUAACUAUGUUGUUAAACUAAAUGCUCUUAAUGCUUGUACGAGUAUUGGAUCAAAUCUUUUGCUUGUUGAUGAAGUUGUUAGGGCUGGACUUUCAAAUCUCAAAGGAGAUCGCCUAGAUAAUAAUUAA